UCCCCUUGAACUGGACUUGGGAGUUCAACUGAAUAAAUUAUUCCUGGACUUUUGAAUUAUUAAUCUUGUCUGCAUAAUAUGCAAAUUAAACUUCACUGUGUCCAGGGGCACAGUCUUGGGUUAGAAGCUGGAUCAGGUUGCUGGCGAAGAAUUUCCAUCAAGGGAUCAGGGCCUUCCAGCAGAAUGCUUGAAGCAGAAGACUUCUCCAUGGCUUCAGCAUGGCCCCUGACUUACCCAAGUGGUAGUUACUCGGAAUCAGGCACAUGUAGUAAUGCACGUCUUCCUGGCUGUCUCUGCAUUAGCAGUCAAACCUUCCUGUUGCACAGAAUCCUUGCAAAUACAGUUGUUGUGUUUGGCUACCUCUUCUGUCUGAAGAACUGGAAUAGCAGUAACAUUUAUCUUUUUAACCUCUCUAUCUCAGACUUGGCUUUUUUGUGCACCCUCCCCAUGCUGAUAAGAAGUUAUUCUCAGGGAAAAUGGACAUAUGGGGAUGUGCUCUGCAUAAGCAACCGAUAUGUGCUUCAUGCCAACCUCUACACCAGCAUCCUUUUUCUGACUUUUAUCAGUGUUGAUCGAUACCUGCUCAUGAAACAUCCUUUCCGAGAACACUUUCUUCAAAAGAAAGGGUUUGCUGUUUUGGUCUCUUUGGGUAUUUGGGUUUUAGUAACCCUAGAGCUACUGCCAAUACUUCGUCUUAUAAAUCCGAAUAUGGCUGCCAAUGGCAGCAACUGUAUUGACUAUGCAAGCUCUGGGGACCCCAAAUACAACCUCAUUUAUAGCAUGUGUCUAACCUUCUUGGGAUUCCUCAUUCCUCUUUUGGUGAUGGGCUUCUUUUAUUUCAAGAUUGCUCUUUUCUUAAAGCAGAGGAACAUGCAGCUUGCUACUGCUUUCCCCCUUGAAAAGCCCCUCACCUUAGUCAUCAUGGCAGUUGUGAUCUUCUCCGUGCUUUUUACUCCCUACCACAUCAUGCGGAAUGUGAGGAUCGCUUCACGCCUGGGAAAGUGGAAGCAGUCCCGAUGUACUCAGGCCACCAUCAACUCCUUAUAUAUUUUGACUCGACCAUUGGCUUUUCUGAACAGCACCAUCAACCCUGUCUUCUAUUUCCUUAUGGGAGAUCACUUCAGGGAGAUGUUGAUGAGUAAGCUGAGGCACCAAUUCAAAUCCCUUACAUCCUUUAGAAGAUGAAGUCACGGACUAAUGUUUCCACUAAAAAAAAAAAGGAGGGAGAUGAUUGUGUAACAUAUGUUUUGUAUGUGCAACUGUAGGCCAAUUGGAAUUUUAUUUAACUCAUAGACAUAAAUUAGAGACAGAAAGACAUGACGCUGUUUUAGAGACACACUGUGCCCAGAGUCUGUGAAAAGAAAAGAGUGGGAAGUAUUUAUCGGUUUCUUCACCUACGAAUUGAAAGGAGUUGUACUGCCAUUGUCUAAUGUUUGAACAUAAAAGCCCCAAAUCCUAGGUGUUCUAAGUCUUUCUCAAUCAGUGUAAAAGAAAUAGAAGAUAGAUAAAGCAGCAAGUAGUCUGCAUUUAAUCAUCACCCAGAUUGUGGGGAGAAAAAAAUGUGUUGGCAACAUUCUCCAUGUUGUUCUUAUUCACUUGAUCUUAUAACUUAAUGUGAAAUUGAAUAACAAAUUAGGCAUAGACAUAAUGAUUGUUGUUAGAAAUUGGGCGCCUGAGUGGCACAGUCAUUUAAGCAUUCAACUUCGGCUCAGUUCAUGAUUUCAUGAUUCAUGAGUUA